CACAUUAAAUGAAAUAAACACUGGGAAAAUGGAAAGACCACUUGAGGCUACCAGAAUGGAAAACAACACCUCAUCCUGCUUUCUCAUGGAAAGAAAGACUCAUGUCAAGACUAACAGGAAAGAAAUCAUGCUAGCUAAGCUGAGAAAGAGCUGUUCCUGCACACCACAGAAGCUGAAGAACUUUCUUAUGGACUUCUUCCCCGUUUUGCAAUGGCUUCCCAAGUACCGAUGCAAAGAGUACAUUUGGGGGGAUAUUAUGUCUGGGUUAGUGAUUGGGAUCAUUUUGGUACCUCAAGCAAUUGCAUACUCACUGCUGGCAGGUCUGAAGCCCAUUUAUAGCCUUUACACAUCCUUCUUUGCCAACAUCAUCUAUUUCUUGAUGGGCACAUCCCGUCAUGUCUCAGUUGGCAUUUUCAGCUUGAUAAGCUUAAUGGUGGGACAAGUUGUGGACCGAGAACUUCUCUUGGCUGGGUUUGACUUGAAUGAUGAUGCCCCACCGGCCUCAGGUGACGGCUCUCUGCAGAAUGACAAUCUGUCCAACACAACUGCCUUCAACCUUACCAUUGCGGGGAUAAAUGCAGAGUGUGGGAAAGAGUGCUACGCUAUUGGCAUUGCUACAGCCUUGACAUUCAUGGCUGGAGUGUAUCAGGUUCUAAUGGGGAUCUUCCGUCUAGGUUUCGUAUCUAUCUACCUAUCUGAGUCUGUACUAGAUGGCUUUGCAACUGGUGCUUCCUUAACCAUUUUAACGGCUCAAGUGAAGUACCUUAUUGGAAUAAAAAUUCCACGUAGCCAAGGGCAUGGGAUGCUGGUUAUUACCUGGAUUAACAUUUUCCGGAACAUUUCUCAGGCUAACCUUUGUGAUGUCAUCACAAGUGCCAUUUGUAUCGUGGUGCUGGUCACUGCUAAGGAACUUGGAGAUCGGUAUAAGCAUAAACUGAAAUUUCCUCUUCCCACAGAGCUGGUAGUUAUUGUUGUGGCAACACUGGUGUCACACUAUGGUAAGUUAAAUGAAGUGUAUGCAUCCAGUGUUUCUGGAGCUAUUCCAACAGGAUUUAUCCCUCCAAAGGUACCAGAGUUCAACUUAAUGCUCCGAGUUGCUCUAGAUGCUUUGCCUCUCGCCAUAGUCAGUUUUGUCUUCACUAUAUCCCUUUCCGAAAUGUUUGCAAAGAAAUAUGCUUACACCAUCCGAGCCAAUCAGGAAAUGUUUGCUGUAGGGUUCUGCAACAUCAUUCCUUCCUUCUUCCACUCUUUUGCAACCAGUGCAGCUUUGGCAAAAACACUCGUCAAAACAUCUACAGGCUGCCAGACUCAAAUCUCUGGAGUAAUUAGUGCAAUGGUGGUUUUGCUGGUGCUGCUCUUCCUGGCACCUCUCUUCUACUCCUUGCAGAAGUGUGUCCUGGCUUGUAUUAUCAUUGUGAGCCUUCGGGGAGCCCUGAGGAAGUUCCGAGAUGUGCCAGCACGGUACUGUGUGAAUAAGGUGGACACACUUGUUUGGGUAGUUACCACGUCUGCCUCUGCCUUGGUCAGCACAGAAAUAGGGCUGUUGGUUGGCAUUGUUUUCUCCAUGUUAUGCAUCAUUGUUCGGACCCAGCGGCCACGGACAGCCCUGCUUGGUCAGAUUCAAGCCACAAGCUUUUAUGAGGAUGACUCAGAAUAUGAAAAUCUCUCUACUGUUCCAAAGGUCAAAAUAUUUCGCUUUGAGGCUCCACUUUACUAUGCAAAUAGAAACUACUUCCUAAAGUCUCUGUACAGAUUGACCAAUUUAGAUCCUAACCUAGAAGCUGCUCGGAGGAAGAAAUAUGAGAAGAAGGAAAAGCAGCAUCUGAAAAAGGGAAAUCACAGAACUGCUAAUGGACUGGGCAUCGCAGAAACCACUUUGCAACUAGUUCCUAAGCAAAUUGAUUUCCAAGCCCUUGUUGUCGAUUGCUCUUCGAUCUCAUUUUUGGACACCACUGGAGUUAAUACUUUGAAGGAAAUCCUGAAAGACUACAAGAAUUUAAACAUUUCUGUUCUCCUGGCUUGCUGCAAUCCCUCAGUGAUAGACUCUCUGAAAAGAGGUGGUUACUUUGGAAAUGAUUUUGGAUGUAUGCAGGAAAUGCUAUUCUACAGUAUACAUAAUGCUGUGCUGUUUGCAAAAGACCAAAAGCUUCCAGCAGACUGCUCAGUUUAACCCUGUGUCUUCCUUGAUGAUUAGCCACAAAGUGACAGAUAGAAAGGGGUAGUUUGCAACUAUCAGACACGCUGUUGGCUGUAUAAAGCCAUUCCCCCUAAAGAGUUCCACUUUAUGUCA